CGAGGGCGACAGCGCGGCAGAGGAGUGCGCGUCUACCGACGAGGCCGUCGCGGAGGACGCCGAAGAGGAGCUAUGCAAGGAACAGCCGGGGCCUACCGUAGUCGCUGAGACCCCAGUGACCGCUCAGGAAAUGAAUGGCAUAAGCUAUGAACACUCGACCGUGGACAAUGCCGUGGGUGAGAAAGCAGCGUUGGGGGAAGAGCCCUCGCUGGACGUGCCGGAGCUGCCACUGACGCCCCCCGUGGAUACGAGCGUCGAAUGCACUUCUCCAAAUGUGCCUCAGCCAGAAUCGCCCCCUCCUCCGCUCAUCGCUGCUGCUCAAUGCACCACUAAGACCUCCCCCCCUCCUGCCGCUGUACUUCCACCCGUGGCUUCAGACCAUGUGGACGAGCAGGAGGACGUCGGAACGUCCAGCUUCGACGGGGCGAUGGACUCUGCCAACACCAGGCCGGCGGAUCCCUACGCAGAAUUCGAGCCAAGCGUGACACUGCUAAGCUUCACCUCAAGGAAGAGUCCCGUGGAAGCGCAGACCGCGGCCCCUGCACCAAAGACGUGGCAGAAACCAAAAGACGAGAGCCCGCCCCCCGACGAGGUCCUGCCACCCGAAACCCAGCUGCAGGGACAGGGUGAUGCUGAAGAGGAGAAGGCCGCAGAGAUGGAGCCGGAGGAAGGCGGCGGCGCGGAGGUCGAUCACCCGUACCUUAACUCUAAGCUGCCGGAGGAGAACGGCGAGGCGGAACCCUUCCGCAAUGGGGCAGACACGGAGACAGAGGGCGACGGAGGAGACGUCCCGCCGGGCCUGGACGAGGAGUACCCCUUCAAGUCAGGUGUCAGCCCGGCAGAGCCGCCCGCCGACGUGUCCCAGGACGCUCCAGCAGUGCCAGCAUCUUACGUGCCCCAUGACGGCAAGCGUCAGUAUGACCGGGACUUCCUGCUGGGCUUCCAGUUCAUGCCGGCCUGUGUGCACAAACCCGAAGGCUUGCCGCCCAUCAGCGACGUGGUCCUGGACAAAAUUAAUCAGCCGAAGUUACCCAUCAGGACUCUGGACACGCGCAUGCUGCAGAAGGGGCCGGACUUCACCCCGGCAUACGCGGAUUUUGGACGGUUAUCCCCAGGGGGUCGUGGGGUGCCUUUGCUGAAUGUUGGAGGGGGUCCCAGGCGGUCCCAGCCGGGUCAGAGGAGGGAACCUAGGAAGAUUAUCAUGAACAUCUCUGUGACAGACGACGUGCAUCUGAAGAAGUCGGAGAACGCAUGGAAGCCCAGCGUGAAGAGAGACGGCCAGGCUGAGGACCCCGAGGCUAUCCGCACCCAGGCGCUCUUCCGGAAAGUGCGCAGCAUCCUGAACAAGCUCACCCCUCAGAUGUUCAACCAGCUAAUGAAGCAAGUCACCGACCUGACCGUGGACACCGAGGAGCGGCUGAAAGGCGUCAUAGACUUGGUCUUCGAGAAGGCGCUGGAUGAGCCCGGCUUCUCCGUAGCCUACGCCAACAUGUGCCGAUGCCUCGCCACAUUAAAGGUGCCGAUGACCGAUAAGCCGGGGAGCACGGUGAAUUUCCGCAAACUGCUGCUAAAUCGCUGCCAGAAGGAGUUUGAGAAGGACAAGGCGGACGACGACGUGUUUGAGAAGAAGCAGAAAGAUUUGGAGUUGUCGAAAACGCCAGAAGAGAAGAGCCGUCUCCAGGACGAGCUGGAGGACUCCCGGGACAAAGCCCGGCGGCGGUCUAUCGGGAACAUCAAAUUCAUUGGGGAGCUGUUCAAGCUGAAGAUGCUGACGGAGGCCAUCAUGCAUGACUGCGUGGUGAAACUUCUGAAGAACCACGACGAGGAGUCGCUGGAAUGUCUCUGCCGCCUUCUCACCACCAUUGGCAAAGACCUGGAUUUUGAGAAGGCGAAGCCACGCAUGGACCAGUACUUCCACCAGAUGGAGAAGAUUGUGAAGGAGAGGAAGACGUCGUCGCGGAUCCGAUUCAUGCUGCAGGACGUCAUAGACCAGAGACGGUGCAACUGGGUGUCGCGAAGAGCUGACCAAGGACCCAAAACCAUCGAGCAGAUCCACAAAGAGGCCAAGAUCGAAGAGCAGGAAGAGCAGAGGAAGGUCCAGCAGCUGAUGACCAAAGAGAAGCGGAGGCCAGGAGUCCAGAGAGUGGAGGAGGGCGGCUGGAAUACCGUACAAGGGGCGAAGAAUAGCCGAGUGCUGGACCCCACCAAGUUCCUUAAGAUCACCAAGGUGAGAGAUGUCCGCUCCCCCCGGGGGCCCGCUUUACCCGCAGGAAGUGACGUGAGGGAGGGAUCGGGCGGUUUCCUAGAAAUGAUUUACCGAUCACUGAUCCAAUCUUCUCUGACAGAAUCCCUGCGGCCCGGAGUCCCCAAUCUGAACCGCUUCUCGGCUCUUCAAUCUUCCGUCUCUUCAGCGGUGACUUCCUCCUCGGAGCCGGAGAGCCGCAGGACACUGACGAGCCACGGGAAUGCCGGACGGGAGAAGAACGACAAACCGGCACCACCCGCCACCCGGCCCAGCACACUACUGCGCGGCGGCACCAGAGACCUCACAGACAACCCAGAAGAGCCGAGGAGAGAGACGCACCACACGGGGAAACCGCUCGGCACCUCCACCGAGCCGGACAAGACUUCCAGCUUAGAGCGCAAGAGCAAAGAGCCAAGCAAGAUGGAGAGCGCGGAAGGUGACAAGUCUCCGGUGUCGGAGGAGGAGGUGGAGAGGAAGUCGAAGGCCAUCAUAGACGAGUUCCUCCACAUCAAUGACUACAAGGAGGCCAUGCAGUGCGUGGAGGAGCUGGGCGCACAGGGCGCGCUGUCGGUCUUUGUCCGGGUCGGCGUGGAAUCCACGUUGGAGAGAAGUCAGAUCACCAGAGAUCACAUGGGGCAGCUGCUCCACCAUCUGGUGCAGUCCGGGAAGCUCAGCAAGCGGGACUUCUUCACGGGAUUUUCGGAGACUCUGGAACUGGCGGAAGACAUGGCCAUCGACAUCCCUCAUAUCUGGCUGUACCUGGCGGAGUUGGUGACGCCCAUGUCCAAGGAAGGCGGCAUCUCCCUGAAGGAGCUAAUCACAGAGUUCAACAAAGUUCUGCUCCCCGUGGGCCGCGGAGGGGGCGUCCUACUGGCCGAAAUACUGCACCUUCUAUGCAAGCAAAUGAGCCAUAAGAAAGUGGCGGCGCUGUGGAGGGACACGGGGCUGCGCUGGGCGGAUCUCAUACCGGACGGGGACGACGUGCAGAGUUUUGUGAGUGAAAAGAAUCUGGACUUCACGUUGUCAGACUGCUUCAGCCCCCCGGAGAGGAAGGAGAUGACGGCCGAGGAGCUCAACACGCGUCUGGAGGAGCUCAUCAUCGAGGAGACCGCAAGUGACGAACAUACAUUCGACUGGGUGGAGGCUAAUCUAGACGAGGGGCAGAUGACGUCUCCGACAUUCCUCCGAGCUUUAAUGACCGCCGUGUGCAAAGCGGCAAUUGUAGGGGAUUGUUCUUCCUGCCGCGUGGACACUUCCUUUCUGAAGCAGAAGGUUCCGGUCUUAGUGAAGUACAUGGACUCCAAUGUAGAGAGAGAACUACAAGCACUUUAUGCACUUCAAGCGUUAAUAGUAAAACUUGAUCAACCUGCCAACUUGCUGCGCAUGUUCUUUGACUGUCUGUACGAUGAGGAAGUGAUCUCUGAAGACGCUUUCUAUGGCUGGGAGAGCAGCACGGACCCCGCCGAGCAGGACGGGAAGGGCGUAGCACUAAAGUCGGUCACGGCCUUUUUCACGUGGCUGCGAGAGGCCGAGGAGGAAUCCGAGGACAACUAGGAACUUAAAUGACAUUCUAA